ACAAGCACAAGCAGACCCACUCGUCUCGACGUCUCCUCGCCCAAUCGGGGCGCGCCAUGGCAUCGUCGUCCUCGACAUCGGCGGCGCGGCCGCCGACCCCCUCAUGGGCCAUCCUGGCCGUCAUCCCCCAGGUUUCCGGUCCCGCCGUCGCCGCCGACCUCUCGCUCGCGCUCGCCGCGCCCCCGCGCGUGACGGCCCUCACCGUGCAACCGCGUGUCUCCCCCGACCCUACCACCCCGGACUGCUACCCAGCGUCCUCGCCACAGACCGCUCCGGCCGCCUCGUCCUCACCGCCACCCAGGGGCGCGUCGCCGACGGCCCGCUCAGGUUUGAGUCUCCCGACCGCAGCCUCUUCUUGCACCGGGAGUUCGUCGAUCGAGGGGUACUUCAUCUGCAACACGCGCGCCGCCACCGCCUUCCUCCUCCCCGACCCAGACCCUGCGGGGCCCAUCAUGCACCCGGGCAACCUCGGCCUCAUCGCCACCCUUGCCGGCGACGGCUACAUGGUCGCCGAGCUCCAACCACUACUCUGGACCGACCGCGCCACCCUCCUCUGCUUCUCGUCGGACACCGCCGCCUGGGCGCUCCGCUACCCUCUGCCGGGGCGGCCGUGGGUCAGCUCGGGCGUUAUCUCCAGCGACGAGGAGCUCUGGUGGGUCGACAUCACCUUGGGCAUCCUCAACUGCAACCCCUUCACCGACGAACCGGUGCUGCGCUUUUUCCCGCUUCCGGCGGGCAAGGAACUGCCUUUCCAGCCAGGCGGUACAGACGAGCUAGAAAUGUGCCGUUGCGUGAAGGUCAGCACCGGCAAGCUGCGUUUCGUGGAGAUGACCGCCGGGCACAACCCCCGCCGCCCUCCGAGGUUCACCAUGUGGACGCUCUCGCCGGCCAAUCCGGUGGACCCGUGGACGACGGAGUACACGGUCGGCUUGGACACCAUCUGGGCGGCCGAGAGCUACUCGGCGACCGGACUGGAGGCCAAGCUGCCCUCCCUCGCGGCCAUCCACCCAACAAACCCCAACAUCGUCUACUUCUUUCUGGACGCGCACAUCUUCGUCGUCGACAUGGGGGCGGCCAGGGUUGGGGACUGCGACGUCCACAAAGUGAUGCAGCCGCCCAGCGAGCUACUCUCCUCGGGCUUCGUUCACGCCUGGGAGCUGCCACAGCCUCUUCACCCCUGAAAAUAUGAUGAUGAUCAGUUGAUUCAAGCAAAAGGAGUUCGCUGUGACCAAACCAGGGCAAAAUUUGAAGUAUGGGAGGCCUCGAAAAGUUAUUUGCACUUAAGCAGAAUGCUUUUAGGAGGGAUCUUGUUUCCUGUGUCGGCUACAUGCCUUUUCAUGAAGAUGUGAACCAGCAUCCAAGAGUUAUGAAGAUGAUAUGAAGUUUUUGCUAUAUCUUGAAGAAAGAAGCUAGGCCUUUUGCUGUGCAGUCUUUUGGGAGCAAGUUCUAGGUUAUCAGAUCAAGUUCUUUUGUCUUUUGUUUUACUCCUUGUUUAAUAUUGGUUUGUUAUUCUUUUUAAUACAACUUGUAAGGGAUAUUAACCUAUUAAAACUCUAAAUUAUCUUAUCUCAAUGUUCUAUUUA